AUGAUUGCUGCCAUGGCCAAUUUGUUAAAAUAUGAUGUGUAUGAUCUUGAGUUGACUUCGGUCAAGGACAAUUCAGAGCUGAGGAAACUGUUGAUUGAGAUAAUGGGGAAAUCCAUCAUUGUGAUUGAGGAUAUUGAUUGUUCCCUUGACCUGAGUCCUGACUGGCCAAAGGGAGAAGAGAAACAAGGAAAAAAAAACAAGGACUCUGUCGAAAAAAUUAUUACGAUGAAGAAAGUUGAGGACAAUAGCAAGAGCAGCCAAGUUACUCUCUCAGUGCUUUUGAACUUCAUUGAUGGGUUGUGGUCAGCCUGUGGAGGAGAAAGGCUAGUUGUUUUCACAACUAACUAUGUGGAACAUCUUGAUCCCGCCCUGAUUCGCCGAGGCAGGAUGGAUAUGCACAUUGAGCUAUCUUAUUGCGGAUUUGAAGCAUUUAAGGAACUGGUAAAGAUUUACUUGAACAUUGACUCACAUGAUUUGUUUGAUAGAGUUGAGAAUUUGCUUAAGGAAAUCAAGAUGACCCCUGCUGAUGUUGUUGAAAAUUUGAUGCCUAAGUCUACCGAAGAGGGUACUGAUUUUUGUGUGGAGAAACUGAUUAAGGCCCUUGAGCAAGCCAAGCAACAUGCGAGGUUGAAGGCGGAGAAAAAAGAAAGAUUGAAAUCUGAGAAAGAAGAGAAAAAGAAACAGAAGCAGAAGCAACACAGUACAGAUUCUGAUGAUGGAGAAAAGGCUCAAAACAACGUUACACAUUCGUACAAUUUCUGCCUAGAAGUUCAAUUUUUUAAUGAUGGAGAAAUUCAAACUCAAUUUUAA